GUAUUGCUGGAACUCCAGUGACAUUUAAUGAGAAUGGAGAUGCUCCAGGCCGCUAUGAUAUCUAUCAGUACCAGAUCAAGAAUGCUACACCCGAGUAUAAAGUUAUUGGGCACUGGGCAGAUCAUCUAAACUUAAAAAUGGAGCGCCUGCAUUGGCCUGGAGGAGGAAAUCGUGUGCCCACCUCCAUAUGCAGCCAGCCAUGCAAACCAGGCGAAAGGAAGAAGCUGGUGAAGGGCAUUCCAUGCUGCUGGCACUGUGAGCGCUGUGAUGGAUACCAAUAUCAGCACGAUGAGUUCCAUUGCAAGGUGUGCCGUCUCAGUGAGCGCCCCAAUGAGAACCACACUGGCUGCAUCCCCAUCCCCAUUGUUAAACUUGAGUGGAGCUCUCCUUGGGCUGUGGUGCCAGUUUUCAUUGCCAUUGUGGGCAUCAUUGCCACCCUCUUUGUGGUGGUGACAUUCGUGCGCUACAACGACACACCUAUUGUCAAGGCCUCAGGGCGGGAACUAAGCUAUGUGCUGCUGACAGGUAUCUUUCUUUGCUAUGCCACCACCUUCCUGAUGAUUGCUGAGCCUGACUUGGGCACCUGCUCGUUGCGGCGUGUCUUUCUGGGCCUGGGCAUGAGCAUCAGUUACGCUGCCUUGCUGACCAAAACCAAUCGCAUCUAUCGCAUUUUUGAGCAGGGCAAGAAGUCGGUCAGUGCUCCACGCUUAAUCAGCCCUGCUUCCCAGCUGGCCAUCACCUUCAGCCUCAUAUCUCUGCAACUCCUAGGGGUCUGCAUCUGGUUCAUUGUGGACCCUUCACACUCUGUCAUCGAUUAUGAGGACCAGCGGACUACAGACCCCCGCUUUGCCCGGGGAGUCCUUAAGUGUGACAUUUCUGACCUAUCCCUCAUCUGUUUGCUUGGAUACAGCAUGCUGCUCAUGGUAACCUGCACUGUGUAUGCUAUAAAGACUCGUGGGGUUCCUGAGACCUUUAAUGAAGCCAAGCCCAUUGGGUUUACCAUGUACACUACUUGCAUUGUGUGGUUAGCCUUCAUUCCUAUCUUCUUUGGGACAUCACAGUCAGCGGAGAAGAUGUACAUUCAGACCACAACAUUGACCAUCUCAGUGAGCCUAAGCGCCUCUGUCUCAUUAGGCAUGCUCUACAUGCCAAAGGUCUACAUAAUCCUCUUCCACCCAGAGCAAAAUGUGCCCAAACGAAAGCGCAGUCUCAAAGCAGUUGUGACAGCAGCCACAAUGUCCAACAAAUUCACUCAGAAAGCAGGCUUUCGCCCCAAUGGAGAGGCCAAAUCAGAACUGUGUGAAAAUCUGGAAACACAAGCUCUGGCUACCAAACAGACGUAUGUCACCUAUAGCAACCAUGCAAUUUAAACCCAGCCAGUGGCAACAGACCACAAGAAAAGGGCUGAUGAGGAGGAUGAACCAGAAAAUGCCACUGAUCUCUUCAGUACAGAUGCUGUUAUUAUGGUGGAGGAGAAGGUAAAACCAAAUCUGACUCCAUGAAAGCAUCAUAUAGGUGCUUGUUUCCAGUGACUAGGCUACUGGACGAAGCUCUUCAAAAAGAUGGCCACCAAGUGUAGUUGAAAGGACCAACCAAGUUAUCCCUCGGAAAAUAUCUGCCUUCCAUUAAAGGGAGGGGAACCAAUGAGAUGAAUGUCACACCCAAAAGAAAGACAUGGACGGGUCUUAAGCAUCCCUUUUGCAUUUUUCCCCCUGUAUCUUGGCAAAAGAUUGAAUAAAUUUCCCUUUUAUUCCCCAAAUUGUGAAAUGGUUUGUGCUUGUGAAGUCUUUUUUUAUUCCCUUCUCCCCCUUUCUGUCUUUUUUUAAAU